AAUUUUGUGGGAGCAGAGUAGCAAAUCACAGUGUGCAGACCAAAAGAGCGAGCUUAAAGGAGAAGGCAGGCAUCCCCUCGAUCGGUCCAUCGGCCAUGAAAAAUUUGUGGUGGAGUUGGAAGCUCGGGUGCAGUCAUAAUCAUGCUAAACAGAGGUUCUCCAAAUAAUUGUUCUAGCUAUUGGUUCUGCGAAAAUUUACAAAUAGGAAAUUACCAAUAUAUAUUGGUUCUAGAAACAAGCUAAGUUGGGAGCAGAUAUAGGGAGGGGCAAUCAAUGGCCGAAUCCGCUGUUAAAGCCGUGGUAGGGAACGUGAGCAAUCUUGCAGUUCGGGAGACCUCAUUUUUAUGUGGUGUCACUAAUGAAGUAGGAUUCUUGAAAGAUGAGCUGAAGCGGCUAAAGUGCUACCUGAAAUCUGGUGAUGCUAAAUGGAGAUCAGGGGAUGAACGUGUGGCUACCUGGGUCAGCCAGAUCAGGGAUGCAGCAUAUGAAUCUGAGAAUGUCCUUGAAGUUGCAGAUUACAUGGAGAAGAGAAACAGACUGACGAGAGGAUUCAUGGGUGCCAUUUCAAGGUAUGCUCGCUUACCAAGUGACCUGAUUACCCUUCAUAAAGUUGGUGCUGAAGUCCAACGUAUAAGAAGGAAGAUCAGUGAGAUAUUUGAUAGUGCGAACCGUUUGAAUAUUGAUUUGGAUACUAGUGUUCUAGACAAGGGUCAUGUUGAGGAUGUGUUUCCACGAGAGUAUGGUCUCAUGCAUCAAAACUUUAAAGAUGAUGCUGUCAUUUUUGGUUUUGAGGAUGAGUACAAAGAAAUAGUGGAUAAGUUAGUUGACAAAGAGAACAAUACUCUUAGUGCUAUUUCCAUAGUUGCCAUGGGUGGAGCAGGAAAAACAACACUUGUUAGAAAAGUCUACACUUCAUCAAGAGUAGAACGUCACUUUGAUACAAUUGCUUGGGUGACUGUAUCUCAAAAGUUUAAAGGCAUUGAUUUACUAAGAGAUAUUAUGAAACAAAUAAUGGGAGCCAGAGAUGAUUUUCAAAUGCAUGAGUAUGAGGUGGGAAAGGAGAUACAUGAUUAUCUGUCGAAAAAAAGGUUUUUGGUAGUUCUUGAUGAUGUUUGGGAAACAGAUACAUGGGAGCAAAUAAACAAAACAGUUAAAGCCUUUCCAGAUGUAGCUAAUGGUAGUAGAGUACUGUUAACCACACGAAAACAAGAUGUUGCAAAUCAUAUUCAAAUGCCAACCCAUGUUCAUCCUUUGAAGAAGUUAGAUGAAAAGAAAAGCUGGGAACUUUUUAGUAGCAAAGCUUUGCCAUCCUAUAACAGGUUUCUUCUAUGUGAUGUGGAUGAGUUUGAAGAGCUAGGGAAAAAGCUUGCAAGGAAAUGUAAUGGAUUACCACUUGCACUUGCAGUUUUUGGGGGUUAUCUAUCAAAAAAUCUGAACAAAGAUACAUGGUGCGAUAUACUCUUGAGUUGGCCAUCAACCAAAGACGGACAGAUGAUGCGAAACAUACUAGCUCGCAGUUACAACGACCUACCAGAUCAUUAUUUAAGAUCGUGUUUCCUCUAUGUUGCUGCUUUCCCUGAGGAUUAUGAGAUAUCUAUGUCGGACCUUAUUGAAUUAUGGAUAGCAGAAUGCUUCAUUCCACACACACCAAAGCAUAAACUAGAAGAAACAGCACGUAAGUAUAUAACUGAGUUGGCUCAAAGAAGUUUGGUCCAAGUUGUUGAUACAAGCCGGGCACAUGGAUGGAUUGAAAGAAUAAGGAUCCAUGAUAUCUUACGUGACUGGUGCAUAGAAGAAGCAAGAGAAGACGGUUUUCUCGAUAUGAUUGACAAAACUGCAUGUCAUAUGGGAGCGUCAUCAUCCGAUAGCAUGAUAUCAUAUCGUGCUUCAUUCCAAAACUUGAGUGAUCAGGUUUUGCAGCCAGCAACUCCUAAUUUACGAACUCUGGUUGGCUUUGAACUUUCAUCAAUAUCCCUACCUAAGCUGAGAUUCCUGAGAGUUCUUCACAUGGCAAACUCAGACCUCAAAAAUUUGUCUCUGGCAAUUGGUGGGUGCAUUCACCUAAGAUGUCUUAGGUUGACAAGAUGUGAAAAUGUAGCACUCCCUUCUUCAAUUGGUAAACUCCUUUACUUGCAGAUUAUAGAUCUCAGAAAAACAAAAUUGGACUCAAUGAUACCAAACACUCUUUGGGAUAUCCCUACUCUACGGCAUGUUUACCUGAGCACUGCAUUUUCAUCACCAAGGAGUGUGCAACAGAAAGAUCUCCAGACCUUAUGGUUGACUUGUGCAUCGGUUGGUACUAAAUAUUGCUAUCAUGACUUGGUGACGUUUUUGGAAAAGAUGAGACAAUUGACAACCUUGUUCUUGGUGAUGAGGCCCAUGCAUGUGGAGAUGCUGAAUAUAUUUGCAUACAUGCCUCACCUGGUUGAUAUUCACCUGGCCAAUUUCGGUGUGCUCAAUAAGCUUCCUGAAAGCAACCACUUCCCACAAAGACUACGGCAUCUCUAUCUAGAAGCUGAUGUCAUUGAAUUAGACCCGAUGCCGAUCCUGGAGAAGCUUCCCUGUCUUGUGGUUUUGGAGUUGUCGGGGUAUGAAGGCCGAAUCAUGUCAUGUUCUGCCCAAGGGUUUCCUCGUCUGCAAGAGUUAAAACUUGAUAGGUUCUCGAUUAAGGAGUGGAGGAUGGAGGAAGGGACAAUGCCAAAGCUCUCCCACCUGAAACUUUGGUUGUGCAAGAAGAUGAGGAAGCUUCCUGAGGGGUUGCUGCACCUUCCGUCCCUCAAGAACCUGAAACUGAUUAGUAAGCCCCUGAUUUCUGGAGAUGACACAACACUGAAGGAGCUUGAGCGGAGAGGAUGUGAGGUGGAGCGUUAAGAAGAUUUAUAAGCACAUGUUUCAAGCAUUAUUACUCCUAAUUCAGAUGCCAUCGUGUGCACCCUUGUUGUUGUGGCGGCACGAGACAAGGACACAUCCAUCCUUCUGCGUGUAUCUAAGUAUCUUUUAUCGCCAUUAUCGAAUACAUAGCCGUCCUUCCUGCGUGUAAGUUUAACUGAAUGUAAUAAUACAAACGAA